AUGCUUUUCCUCCCAGCUGCUGCUCUGUGCUGUCUGUGUUCAGCGCUGGUUGCCAUGGCAGCACAGCUGAUUCAAGACGAUUUAACAUUGACCAGGAGAGUUGAUGGAGACGUCUCCUUCAGCUGUCGAGGAACUGAACAGUGUAACAGUGACUGGGUAUACUGGUACCAGAAGAAAGACACAGAAACGUUCACAAGGAUUCUCCGUAUUGAAAGGAAUAGUGGUAACAUAUAUGAUGAGUACAAUCAUCCUCAGAAAGAGGAUUUCUCAGCUGUCUAUAAUCAGAGCGUCUGUGUGUUGAAGAUCCAGAGAGUUAAACUCCUUCAUUCAGCCACCUACUACUGCUCCUGUUGGAAGAGUGGAUACUACAUGUUUGGUUCUGGAACUAAACUGUUUGUAACAGAUGAGCAGGUAGUGAAGCCCGUGGUGAGCGUGUACCCAGCAGCAUCCAGAGCCCACCUGGAGGGGAGGAGCUCCCUGCUGUGUGUGGCCUCAGCCAUGUUUCCUCCUCUGGUCCGCUUCUCCUGGAAAAGACGAAGGCAAGAUCAGGUGGAGCAGCUCCCUGCUGAGGGAGAGCAGCUGGAGCUCACAGAGUCGGGAUGCACCGCCACCAUCUUGUCUCUUGAUCGGGACGCUCUCGACACGUAUAAAUACCGCUGCACCGUCCAGCACGAGGGGGGCACAGUGGAGGGCCAAACAGAACAAGCUGCAGUUCAAACAACAAGCAGAAGCAUCACCACCACAUCCAGCGCACCACCGACCUCCAUCGUAACGCAGCCUGAAGCAGCUGCAGUUCAAACAACAAGCAGAAGCAUCACCACCACAUCCAGCGCACCACCGACCUCCAUCGUAACGCAGCCUGAAGCAGCUGCAGGUGAGACAACAAACAUCAGCAACACCACAUCCAGCAAAUUGCCCAAGUCCAUCGUAGCGCAGCGUCAAGCAGUGUCCUUCCAGUCUCAGUGCAGGGUGAAGCUGCUCUGUGUGCUCUACACAGUGCUGAUAGUGAAGAGUCUGGUGUACUGCUGUGGACUCUCUCUGCUGAGGAUCCUCUGAAACAAGGGACCGUCCACCAGCUGCUCACAUGCUGACUGACUGUUUUCUGCUCGCCUUUUCUCACC